UCUCACUUCAUUUUUUCAUGCCGUGCAGUUUAAAUGGUUGGAUAGUUUUCUCAGAAAACCUUAAGUUAGCCAUAUUUCUAAAUAUAUGCCUUGUGCUGAACUUGGUAGGUUGGUGUGGUGGUGGUUCCCCUCCCCGCUUAAAGAAAAAAGUCCUAAAAUUUAAAGUGAGUUUGUUACAUAUGUACCUGGUAUGGUUAGUAUCAUUUUACAGAAUUGCCUUUGGACUUUCUCCUAAACUUUACACUUGAUCAGUUUGAUCUAAGACAAAUCAUAAUGCUUUUGAAGAUCAUGUAAGAAAAGUUUAUAAAAAAAGAUACAAGUUAAGCUGUAAGGACAACAGGAUAAGAUGGUUCAAAAUGUGAAGAACUAGGGAUCCGAUGUGUUUUAGGAUCCUAUGAAUCAAAAACAGUGGGAACAGCUACUUCCCAGAGACACGUGAGCGUUUUCAGUUCAGAGGGUAGGAGGCCUUUUCCUCCUACAGUUAAUGCAGCUUUUCAGCUGGCUCUUUGCAAUGGUAUUCAGUUGUGUGAUAAUGCUGUAACGUAUUCUGUCCAUUCAUCAAUGCAGAUAGCAUUGCUGAGGUUUUUUAUAUCCAGAUAAAUUGAUUGUGGAUUUUUAAUUCAGCUUGUUUGUGCAUAAAGUAUACUAAUCUUUAGAAUCCUGCUUCUUUCAUUGUGUGUUUCAAAUGAUGCUCAGUUACCAAACAGCUGUUCAAUAUUUCGCAUUUCAUCCUCACUGUGAUACUGUUUAUAAAACAUUUCACCAAAGGUGACUCUUACUGGUUUUACUAUGAGGUUUUUGAGAGGUAGUGAAAGGAAAAUACUAUCGCUGAAAAAGCCACUGAAAUAUUAUACUACUACACCUAGACAGCUCAUAGCUCAUUUAUCAUUUAGUCUGCUGUAUAGACUUAACUAAGGCACGGAGAGAUCAAGGUCAAAAGUGUCCACCUGCUCAGGAUCUCUGACUUUUUUGAUGCUUGCUUAGGGUGGAAUUAUUAUUAUUGGUUGGCUUUCAGCUGUUAGUGCUCAGUUGUUCUGUAAGUCAAAACCCAGCUGUCACAUCAUUUCCUCAUAGUGUUAAAAAAAAAAAAAAAAAAAGACUGCCAAACCAAGUCAGUCUAUACACACAGGAAUAUACAACUGUCGUCUUGAGAGCACAUACAAGCUAUAGGGAAGAGUUGGACAUAAGGGUCCUUAAUAUUAUUAAAUCAGUAAAAUUUAAAAAUAAAAAUUAAGGAACUGUAAUAAGAUCUUACAGCAAAUAAUUCUAAAUAGUGUAGAUUUUAGACUGGGUUGACCAGGUUAAUAACAACUUAGGAUAGUUAUAAAAUUUCCCAUACACCUCCAAUCUGAGAAGGCAGGCUGAGAUGUUGUACGCCGUGCCCUGAACUCAUAUGACAUUAUUUCAGUUCCAAGCAGCUGAUUAGUCGAACCAAAUGUGUGAGUAAAGAGUGGAACCUCUGCCUAGUGCCAGAAAAGGCAGCUUGCAUAAAAUGCAGGGGACUGGGUAAGUACUGUAGAUAGCUAUACUGAAUAGUGUUAGUUGAGAGGAUCCUCUCCAAAAUUCUUAAAAGUUAAAUGAAAGUAAGGAGUAAAAUAAUGUAAAGCCUCAGAAUUAACUAAAACUUCAUACUUGUGAGACACUGCAGGAAAAGUAACCUAGCUGAAAUAACCUUAGCAAAGUUGCCAGGUCAAGCAUGGAAGCAUAAGGAAGUGUUAGAACAAAGAUUACCUUUGCAGCCUCAUGUUGGCCUAGUAGUCUGCAGUGAUGGGAGUCACUGCUGUGUUCUUCACGGUAACGAACCGUCAGUUCAUGUGCAGGGUAGGCUGUUCCUGCAGCAAUUCUUGCCUGCCUUUGCCAGUAAGUGGUUUGCUGCUUCCCAAGUGAGUGAUUUCCAGUUGUGUUUUAUGUAGGUUGUUUAUUCAGAAGUUCUGAGCACUGCAGCUCUACAGGUGGAUCUGCUGAUCUCCAGACAUGAAUCACUAGCUAAUGUGAACUUACUUGAUAAGCCUGAUAACUAGUUGCCUCAAAUGUGAUACUGCAAAUCUGUGGAGACUUGUGACUUUGAUCUCUGUUCCUUGCUACUGCAUCUACCAAAUGAGGAUAAUACAAAGUGAUCUUCUAGUUCUGUGAGUGGAAAGGUUGUUAGUGUGUUUGUAAUAGUCUUUGGUACAUGAUGAUGAGCACUAUGUAGAAUGAAUUGGAUGAAAAUGUGUUAAUUCCAGCCUUCGAGUUGCUACAAUAAAAAAGAAAAAGGUUGUCAAAUCUAAAGUAUAAACCUUGUUGCCAUUUCUCGAUACUGUGUGUUUUAAAAUGAGUAGGGGAGGAGCUAGAUCUAAUGCUCAUACUUGAUCUUACUGUGCCUUCAGCAGAAUGACUUUGUGCAAUCAUGUUUUUAUAAAAAAUAUAGUUAGUUACUCCAUGUCUAAUGUCCUUUAACAUUUAUUUCCUAGUCUGGAACCCUGCUUUAUAUCCACAUUGUGGUGAUUAGAGGAAUGAGAUUUGGAAAAGAACGGGAAUGGAAAUUAGGCAAAGUGCAGAAACUAAUCACAUGGAAUCGGUGGUUUAGGAUUUACGACAUAGCUAACUUCUCUGCUCCAGUUCUGUUGAAAUCGCUUGGGAGAGGUAGCCUAGCCUAGACCUCUUCCAAGCAAACACAGGAACGCCUUUGCAGACAGCAUGCCUCUUUACAGGGCUUUGAUAUGCUUUGUUCUAAUAAAAGCCGUCCUCAUUCUAGGGGAGAAUAUAAUGUUUACAGUACCUUUCAAAGUCAUGAACCUGAGUUUGACUACUUGAAAAGUCUAGAAAUUGAGGAAAAAAUAAAUAAAAUUAGGUGGUUACCACAACAGAAUGCUGCUCAUUUCCUGCUGUCUACAAAUGAUAAAACUAUUAAAUUAUGGAAAAUAAGUGAAAGGGAUAAAAGAGCCGAAGGCUAUAAUUUAAAAGAUGAAGAUGGAAGACUUAGGGAUCCUUUCAGAAUCACAGCACUACGGGUGCCAAUAUUGAAACCCAUGGACCUAAUGGUAGAAGCAAGUCCCAGAAGGAUAUUUGCAAAUGCACAUACUUACCACAUAAACUCUAUUUCAGUCAAUAGUGAUCAUGAAACAUACCUUUCUGCAGAUGACCUAAGAAUUAACCUAUGGCAUUUAGAAAUCACAGAUAGAAGUUUUAAUAUUGUAGACAUUAAGCCUGCUAACAUGGAGGAGCUGACAGAAGUGAUUACUGCUGCAGAGUUCCACCCUCAUCACUGUAAUGUGUUUGUCUACAGUAGUAGCAAAGGAACUAUUCGUCUCUGUGACAUGCGUUCUUCAGCCCUCUGUGAUAGGCAUUCAAAAUUUUUUGAAGAACCUGAAGAUCCUAGCAGCAGAUCAUUUUUUUCAGAAAUAAUAUCAUCAAUAUCUGAUGUAAAAUUCAGUCACAGUGGUCGAUACAUGAUGACAAGAGACUACCUUUCUGUUAAAGUGUGGGAUCUCAAUAUGGAAAACAGGCCUGUAGAGACAUAUCAAGUUCAUGAGUAUCUUCGAAGCAAGCUUUGUUCCCUUUACGAGAAUGACUGCAUCUUUGACAAAUUUGAGUGCUGCUGGAAUGGUUCUGAUAGCGCUAUCAUGACUGGAUCUUACAACAAUUUCUUCAGAAUGUUUGACCGAAACACACGACGGGAUAUCACUCUAGAAGCAUCCAGGGAGAGCAGCAAACCUCGUGCCAUCUUAAAGCCACGUAAAGUGUGUACAGGUGGUAAAAGAAAGAAGGAUGAAAUAAGCGUUGACAGUCUGGACUUCAACAAGAAGAUUCUUCAUACAGCAUGGCAUCCCAUGGAGAACAUCAUUGCUGUAGCUGCCACCAAUAAUUUGUAUAUAUUCCAGGACAAAAUUAACUAAAGAUGACUCACUUGAGGACAGAGUCGUCGUCUUACGUAGCUAAGCUCAGUUGUUUAUCUGUAAAAGAGAAGGCCUUGUUGUCCUAACAGUGAAGAACAUUGAUGCACUUACUUCCCUUUAGGUAAAGGAGAGGAUCUGGCCUGGUUUUUGAGCUCACGGUGUAGUUCUGCCUUCAGUGGGGGUAGGGAGCGUCAGUCGCAGCUUUCUGAGAGAAACCCUCUAGAGGCAGAAUUGAUUGACGGUGCUCAAUGAGGCCAACACUCAAAACAAAUGUAUUUAUUUAAGUCUGAGCCUUCCUUUCCAGUUGAUAGACCAAAAAUUUAACACCCGAGAAGAAAAAUUGUCAUAAAAAUGUAAUUUCUAUCUCUCGCGCUCUUUCUCAGCUGUAAUAUUUGGGCCUUUCAAAACAUAUAUUGUGCUUAAUGCCUGUAAACAUUCCUCCUCUGGCCUGGAUCUAGGCUUAAGUGUUUUUACCUUUGAGCACUUAGGUAGGUCUUGAGUUGGGUUCGUAGACAGGUUUCCAUGGAUAUUUACUCACCAACUGUAUCUAUAACCACACCUUCUGGUGUAAACCACUUAAUAAAAUAACAAACUAUAAAAAAGUGUUUUUAAAUCUCAAGGUAUGUAUUCAGUCUUUUUAUUUUUUUAUUGCAUGUACUGAGAUUGCGCAAAAUAAUUCUGAUGGCCAGAUUUAACAAAGUUUGCCCCAAAACGUUGACUUUUGGCAGACUAAUACAAACUUUUUUGUGUAGUAUUUCAGAUUCUAAAUUUAGAGUUUCCAUGAAAUCGUUAAACUUUUAGUUUAAGUUGCACUGAUUUUCUUGUAAAACGCUGUCUGUGUACAGAGUAGGAGAAGGAAAAGGGUAGCAGAAAGACAUCCACAGCCUUAAUAGAAAGUGACCACCUUGCACAGAAGGGAAAACAAAACACUUAAAUUUUUCUUCUUUGAAGAUAAAAAUUCAGUUUAUUGAUGCAUCUCCAUCUUAGAUAGACAUACCUUAUGUGCAUUACGUUUUUUAACGUUUUUAGUAUUUGUCAUGAAGAUACAGUUUAUUUUAAAUAUUGGGCAUAAUAUAUUUGUAUUUCACGUUGCAGUUCAUGCCAGAAAAGAAAACCAACCAAAACUAUCUCAAUUAUGCUGAGCAGCAGUGCAGCUUAACACGUUUUAGCACAUCCCCACUUAAACACCAAGAUACUGGGAGACACUGAGGCCACAAGCUGGUGUUCACUGUGUCCUUUUUUCUUGCUAACUUCUUUUAAGCCUUAGGUACUUCUCUUUUUUUUGUUCUUUUUCCAAAGAGGCCUAAAAUGCACCAACCUUCUCUUCACCCUGGAGUAGCCAGGGUGAGUGUUCCUGAAGCUGUUGCAGCACGGUUUAGUAGCAUCGAGUAGCUAGACAUUACACCCUAUGAAAUGUGCCUGCAAAUUAGAAAUUCUUCCUGACAAACAAGAUCCCCUGAGCUUCCUGAAGGAAACACAGAAGUGCGGCUUACACUCCAUUUUCCUUAAAAUUGAAGGUGUAUUAUGAUUACUGAAGCAGAUCUGCAUAUGCAAGAGCAAAAUGUCUCCGUUCUUACCCUCCCAGUUAAUGUCCAUAGAGUGCCACUCUUGUUCACAGUAAGCUAGUAAGUUCAACUAACUUUGAGGUUCUACAAAGAAGUUUAAAAAAAUCUUAUACUGUAUAUUGGUUGUGACACUAUUUGAAAAUCUUGAAAUGUGGAACUUCUGGGUCACUAAGGGAUUAAUUUGACCUUGUUCCUAAAAUACAUAAUAGAGCUAAUACGAUGGGAUUGUACAUACUUGUUCAGUUAUUUUGACCAAAAAGUUUAAUAAAUUUUAAAUGUUUACCUGGA